AAUAUUCAACAUACAUCUCCGAUUUUACGACAAUCAACAUUAAACGGAAUUUUUAAUAGGAGAUUGAUGACGGCAAUGCUUCAUGCUGAAAUUGACGGUCUACGUUGGUAAUGUGAAUUUCGCUUUUGUAAUAAUAGCAGUAGGAGACAAGAGAGACGGAAUGGAUGAUAUCGAGCAGUUCUUUAAGGAUCGGCAUUAUAACAUCGCACGAAUACUAUUAAGUAUCUGUGGAGUAUGGCCUUUCAAUACCCGAAACAGGCGCUACAUUAUAUAUUUUGCAAUGACACUGAUGCUCGGAUCUGCUUUUAUAUUCGAAAUAUUGGGUAUAAUUGACAUUCGGCACGAUUCCGUCGAAAUAAUCGAUGCUGUGCCGAUGAUAUGUUUUACUAUAUUGUGCGCAAGUAAAAUGUUUUGUGCGGUACAUACACUACCACAGAUUAAAGUGCUUCUCAUAAAGAUGCAAGAGUACUGUCUUUCCCCAAAAUCGGACGAGGAGACUAAGAUACAGAAUUCGCACGCGGAAUAUGGGCGAAAGUUAAGCUACGCUUAUACGGGUUUCAUACUAAGCCACAGUGUCGUUUAUCUACUUUCGACAUUAUUAGCAAGACUUGUCUACAUGAAAUCUGAGAAAAUUGAUGAGACAUCAAAUGCACAAAUAGGACUGCCUCAUCGCGUUAAUUACAUUAUUGAUCUAGACACGUAUUACGUUCCAAUUUUUAUACACUGCGCGAUAUGCGACUUUACGUUGACAUUCUUAUUAGUUGUAUUUGAUGUUCUGUAUUUAAUAGUGGUCGAACACUGCUGUGGUUUGUUCGCGGCUUUGAGAUACCGGCUGGAAAUUGCGUUAGUUUUCGAAAAAGAACAAUUGUCGACGACAAAGGAUAAAUCUUAUUCGAAUAUCGUGUACAGUAUUCGCAGACACGUAGAAACAAUGCAAUUUGUUGCCAUUAUGGAGUCAGUAUACAGUUUAUCUCUUUCUAUACACAUUGGGAUGACUGUAUUUCUUAUAAGUUUUCUAGGAUAUCAGGUGAUAAACGAUAUGGAAAAUCUUGAUCGUAUUCUCAAACCUAUAGCUUUAUUAAAUGGAGUUUUAAUUAACCUUUUCUUCGAAAAUUGGCAGGGUCAGAAAAUCAUAGAUUCCAGCGAGAGAGUGUUCGAAUCUGCAUAUAAUUCAGAAUGGUAUAGUAUGCCGAUAUCAGCGAGAAAGCUUCUUAUAAUGAUGAUGAAGAGAAGUGAAAAACCAUCGAUACUAAGAAUGAGUAAACUCGUUGUACUGUCAUAUGUCACUUUCAACACGGUUUUACGUACGUCAUUGUCAUACUUUAUGCUACUACGAUCUUUGUAAUAAAAACGUAAUUACGUAGGAACGUAAUUAAUAAUAUUUAUAUUUGUCAUUUAUACGCUAGUAACAGAAAUGAGAUCUUAUUAGAUCGCACGUUUAUAAGUUAACUUUCUUUCCAGAGCUUUUUCUGUAGAUAAUUAAUUAAAGCUGUA